AUGUCUUCCGAGGACUACUCCAAGAUCCCCACGCCCGAGUCGGCAUACUGCGACUUCUGCCUGAUCCCCGUCGGGACAGGAAACGUCUCCGUCGCCAACGAGGUCGCGCAGGUCCAGCGCCUGUUGAAUGCGAGCGGGCUCAAGUGCACGAUGCACUCGGCCGGCACGACCGUCGAGGGCAGCUGGGACGACAUCUUCCGCGUCAUCGGGCAGGCCCACUCCCUUGUCCACCAGAGCGGCGUCGUCAGGAUCCAGUCUUCGAUGCGCGUCGGUUCGAGGACGGACAAGAAGCAGUCGGCCGAAGACAAGGUGAAGCGGAUCGAGGGCAUUCUGGCGUCGGACAAGUAG